GCAGCCCGUCGUGUCAACGCGGUGCAUUGUGGUCCGGAGCAACGCUCUUUCCCCUGUCCUCCUGUUUGCUAGUUCCUUCCAUCCAGCUAACAUGAGCAACAACAAUCUGUUUUCGGACUAAAACACAGCCUCGUUUGGUGAUUCAUGGCGGUCCCUCGCUAGCGGCAGGUGACUGACUUGUGUUCCUUGGGUCCUCGUUUGCUGUCACCGCGAAUUGUAAAUGGAUAAUUACUGAGAGCACAGCCUGUCCCUGGUGCUAGCAGCAAAGGUAACUAGCAUAACAUGCAGGUCUGCAUAGCACUCUGAAAGCAUGUCGAAGAAAGUAAACAGGGAAGGUCAGGCGACAUAUGACACGAAUUAGGCCACGUUAACCAAUAUUUACUCAUGCUGUUACAGACAGUUAUUUGCGAGUUUUCAUUCCUGUUUUACUUGCGGAUCUAGACUGUUUUCUCCAGCAAACAAACUAACAACUCGAGGGCACUGAGGCACUACCUCUGAGUUUGUGGAAGGAUUAUACGCAUUUUCAUCUUCUUAUGCAGCUCUUAUGUUCCCUUCUUUUUCUUAUGGAGGCUAAAGCUUGCCUUGUUUUUGCCCGCCACCGUUCUCUGCUGUUGCCUGUUUUAUGACCUCCUUGCGGCAGCAGUGAUUAAAGCCCAGUAUGGCAGGCUGUGUGAAGGCUGUGUGUUGUGGUGGUGUGGAGAUGAAACUACACAGAGCGCUACUGACUGGCUGUAUGAGCUGUACUAGGAUGUAUCUGCCAUUUGGUGGGAACUUUAAUUCAAAGCGCCUUUUCAGUUCUGUAAGUCCUUUUUGCUCAAGAAUGAGUGGGACUCGAACCACCGUGCUCUGUCGUGCUCGCACACCCCUCUGCUCGCUGAAGUCCACUGUGCUAUUCGGAAACAGAAAACUGGGAUUAUACAGCAAGACCUACAAGGAGGUUGGAUCCAAAGCCCUGUGCAGUCAAACACUGCCCGUGUCAAGAUUUCAGCCUGUAAGAUCAAAGUCUGCUGCGGUGAGAAAUGAGAACCAGCUUCAAGGAGGUGCAACAUGUUCUGUGUCCUUUGUCCGCCACAGAGCAACAGAUGCCUCCAUCUCCAGUGUGCCUCCAGCUUUUGUAGUGAUGAAGUUUGACCAAGAGGGAAAUGUGACAACAUUUGAGAAAAAGAAAACAGAGCUCUGCCAGGAGUUAAGUCUUCAGGCCCGAGACCUUCGCUUUCAGCACAGUACCAGCCUCACUGCUAGAAACAACUGCAUUAUUAUACGAAUGGAGUUUUUGAAAGCCAUCGUGACCCCGCAGUCCCUUUUGGUGUUGGACUUUCGUGGUCUUGGAUUGGAGCGUUGGUUGGUGCUGGACCUGGCCCCUCAGCUAGCAUCCCAGACACACUCUCUGCCCUUUGAGUUCAGAGCACUAGAGGCCAUACUGCAGCACAAGGUAAACACUCUACAAGCUCGACUGAAUGAUGUUGAACCAGUAAUACUGGACACGUUGGAAUCCCUAGUAGAUCCUAAAAUCCUGUCUGCUGAUAGAAGUAAAUUACAUAUACUACUGCAGACCAGCAAAAGCUUAUCAGAGUUGGAGACGGAUGUAAAAGUUUUUAAGGAUUCCUUGCUGAAGAUUUUGGAUGAGGACGAGCUCAUUGAAGAACUCUGUCUGACCAAGUGGACAGACCCAAGAGUUUUUGAGGAGAGCAGCUUGGGUAUUGACCACGCUGAAGAGAUGGAACUGUUAUUGGAGAAUUACUAUAUGCAGGCUGAAGAGCUGGCCAACAAGACCAGAGAGCUGAAAGGCCUGAUAGAUGACUCUGAGAGUGUCAUCUUUAUCAAUCUGGACAGCCAUCGAAACGUGAUGAUGCGCCUGAACCUGCAGCUGACAAUGGGUUCCUUCUCGCUGACCUUAUUUGGUCUGAUUGGAGUGGCCUUUGGAAUGAAUCUGACAUCAACCUUCGAAGAGGACCCUCGUGUUUUCUGGCUGGUGACAGGCUUCAUGUUCUUGGGCAGUGGGCUGAUAUGGAGACGACUGUUGUCGUUUUUGGGUCGACAUCUACAGCCUUCAGUUCCCCCACCAAUUCCUCCAGUUUGGAAGAGAAAUCUGAGAUCAUCAGACAUCAAAGCAGGAGUCAGAUGAUGUUCUACCUCCGCUCUGUAAAAUGCCACAGGCCUCCUACAGACUCAGCAGCUUUAAAGACAAUUGUUUCAGCACCCUGGCCCCCUUGAAUUCUCUACUGAGUCUAGAGAUUUUUAUUUAAUAACACACCUUGUUGCUUAACUUCCCCAUGCCUACAGCAGAGUUUGACACUGCAUCUAAAUGUUGGGAUAAUUCAGGUGUGGUUCUGUGUCCUUGCCAUUGCGUCAGUUGUACUGUGUUCAAUCAAAUAUUUGAUUUCAUGUAUGUGUAUAAAACAUGUGGGCACACAAUAUUGCUAUGUCAUCACUUGUUCUCGUGCAGUGGAUGGAUGUGUGGGUGAGUGUCGGCGUUAGAAGUCAAACAGAUAACAGCCCAACUAACAUGAUAACCAUCUACAUCCCACUGUACUUUCCCUCGUUUCAUAGUGGAAAAAAAUGGGUUAAAAUGACAAAAUCCUGUUAAAUUGCUCUAAAUAAAUGUAAACCAAAUUAAUGUCUAAAGUUUUUUGUUAAGGUUUAUUUCCUCUAUCAUCUGUAUGUAGGUAAGAAUUUGUAUUUGCUAAGCUGCACAGUGAAAUCUGUUAGACAAUAAGAACUUGUUCAGAAAUUCCUGAACCAUUUAGUGCUCUGAAAAACAGGGUUUUAUUAGAAGAUAAUCUGGUAAAACUGAUAAAAAGCAAAUUUUCAGGCAUUUCGGACGGAACAAUGCAUCACACUUUUCAUCAGGCUUAAUAAACAUGUUUCUAGUUUGGUUUGGAUUUGUUUUGGUAUUAUGUCUCAUGUUGUUACCUUGAGUGUCUCAAAUUGAUGUUUGGUCAAUAAUACGUGAGAAACUUUUAGCACUAUGACUUUAAAGUUGUUGGAUUUUGUCCUGUUGCCGUUUGCACGGAAGCUGUUAGUAUUCCACAUGUUAAAUCUAGCACCUCAGAAGAAAACAUGUUAAAACCUCCUGCCAAUGGAAAUCUUAGUAUUGUAUGGCUAAACACUGUACAUAUUGACAACCCAUGCCUUACAGCAGUGGUUUCAGGAAACCCUCGAGAGGCCAGAUUAAUGAGUUUGGUCUUGAUAUGAUUCACAGGACACGAAAGCACAAGAAACACAUUGCAGCUACAGUAAAAUUCUGUUUAUUUAAAAGUUUAAUAUAUAUUUUUUACAUCAGACAAAGGUGAUUGACACAUACAACUGGUUAGGGAUCACCAAUAGAUUUGGUUUCAUUUUCAGGGGUCACAAGCCAAAUAUGUUGGAAAACACUGCCUUAGUAGAACCGUAUGUUUUUCCAAGUCCUUCAUCUUCUGACUGUUGUAAACUUGUGUUAUAUUUAUUGCUUAUGAAUAAAUAUUCAGCAAUC